AUGGCACCCAAGGCACUGGAUCCAGCUCUUGCACAGAAGGUCCUCGAUUCUGAUGCAACCGACGACCCAUCUAUCAAAAGCAAGAAGCGGAAACCGACAAGCGGAUGGGCAUCGGACACCCUCAGCUCAGGAAGCUCGGACGAUGACUCUAUGGUUUCAGCAGACACCGACCGCAAGACUAACGACCGCACUCGGCGGAAAUCCAUAGCAGACACCAGGAAGGGCACUUCCAGCUCAACCACUAGUCACCCAACACCACCAGCCAGAAAGGACUCUAUCCCGAACGGACUCAAGAAGCUCCCCAAGGGCUACGUCUACGAUACGGAGAUUAAUCAAUCCGCCCUCAUGAAUCUGUCUGUCAAUCCCUCACAAACAGGAGAGUACAUGCAGCAUCUCAAAGGCAAAAACGCCUUGGAAAACAACUAUCCAGACCGACGAGGCGAGUUCCGCGUGGACCUCACUCAGGAGCCUUCAACAUUUGCGCACGAGCAGCAGACCGGCUACACAUACCCAAGGCUCCGCAACAGCCGCCGAGAGCGACUCCCCAAGGCACAUUGCGAGGACGGCUAUGCUAUUACGGACCUGAAACACAAUGGCGCUUUUUUGGGCCGGAUGUUUUGCUUAACGGACGGUCACGGUGGCCGUGCCUGCUCCUCGUUUGUGAUUGCAACGAUACCCGGCGCCAUGCAAGUCAUUUUCGAAAAGUACAGGCCCCAGGACCUUUCCUUGCCAAAUGUACAAGAGCUGCUGAGGAGUCAGAUUUCCGAGGCUGUGCGGCUGAUCGAUAAGGAAUACCUGGAAUACAAGAAGCAGCAGUACCUGCUUUACAAGGAAAAGAAGAUCACCCAGGAUCCAGGGAGCGAUGGCACGACCCUUAUUGUCAACAUCUUUAUCGACAAGUGGAUCAUCUGUUUGAACCUCGGCGACUCUAGAUCGCUACUCUCUAGUCGAGACGGCCUUGGACGGUGGAAUGUCGAGUUUCACAGCGAGGACCAUACCCCAGCGCUCGAACGACUUGCACUGACAAUCUACGCUAACGGAGGCGAGUUUGUCACGCACGAUGAUAAGGUGAUCCGAUUCGACCCUAACCUCCGAAACGACAAAAAGCAUCGCCAAUCGCUUAAGGAGGCCCGGAUACGAGUCAGGGACGGCGCAUUGAACGAGUAUGGGAUCCCUUACCGGACCAAGAACGGACAGGCGGCCUCGGUCAACCUCGGAGCAUGUAUCGGUGACGUCCUGUACAAACUAGAUCCCGUGAACCCUGUACUGAACUGCAAGCCUGACAUCACGUUCAUCGACAUUUCCAACAUCCAGCAAGGAUUCCUUCUCAUGGCCUCGGACGGACUUUGGGAUUAUGUACAGAAGAGCCACCAUCGGACGCAGGACCAGAACUUGACUGUCAGCCAGUUUGUUGGCGACAAGGUCGAUCGCGGCUGGAACCACCAGAGGGUUGUCCACACACUUGCGGAUCGCGAGUCUUCGGCAGGUCUCUACUCCGAUUCGAUUCAAGAGUACGACGAUUUCACAGCGAUUCUGGUGACGUUUGGCAAACAGCAGCUUCUCCAGCAACAGCAGCGGAACCAGGAGCACGAGGAAAGGCAAUCAUUGUUACAGCAGCAGCGUCUACAGGAGCAGUUUCUUCUGGAGCAGAAGAUGCGGGAUGUGGAGAUGAUUCGUCUGGAGCAAGCGAACCUUCUCAGACUCGAAGCUGCGGCGAAUGGGAGCGGAGACGAGACACUCUCGGAUUCAUCUCUUGCCAACAACGGCGUUGUCAUUCCAACGGCACAUUUAACGACGGCUGCUUCGGAGGCGGAGGCGAUGAUUGUGGAAGAGGAGGCGACCUUGGCACCUUCAACAGUCACAGGAGGAACAUCGUUUUCAGCAACGGCACCAUCACCAUCAUCACGGUUACGGAGACAACAACAGCCCCCCAAAACAGCCCAACUGCUUGAUGCGACAAUGGAUGAGCAGCCGCCGUCGUCCACGGCAACUGGUUCAGAGGCAACUGAGGCUGACGACGCCGGGGCACAGAACCAUGUGUCACCAGAAGGUGCCCCUAUGCAGGUGGACGAUCGGGAUGUCGAUAUGUUGUCUGCUUAG